AUGAAGUUGGAGAGGUUGCUAAGCUGCUUGCACCAGCGGGUACCAAUCCAUGAAUUUUUGGUACCCUCAAAUGUAGAUAAUGAUCAGUCUGGCGAGCUCUAUUCGAUCUCAUCUCAAGAGAAAAUACUUCAACUCAUUCAAAGCAUAGUCACACAUAAUUCGUACUAUGCUAAACUUUUUCUAAAGAAGUAUAUAGACAUAAUAGAGAGACAGGGAAUAGAGAUCUUGGAGGAAUUGUACGAAUUGUACUGCGAUGAAACCAUACUUAAUGCGAAGGAAUUAGGACCCACUGAGUCUGACACAUUAUGCUACACGAUAGCUAACCAUGUUGAAGUCUACAUAAAGGAGUACCCCAAAUUAAUUUCCGGUAAAGGAACCACAGGACUUCGGACAUGGGAGGCUGCCCUCUAUAUGGCCCACUUUCUAUAUGAAAAAAACGAAUUUGCAGUGGAUGGGGCCACCUCUAUACUAGAGUUGGGAACAGGAACUGGACUUUUGAGUUUAUCACUAGCAAAUAAUCCCAAUUUCACUUUCAGAAAAUUGAUAUUGACAGAUGGAGACAGUCAAUUGAUCGAUAAUUUGAACGACACAUUUGAGUUGAACAAAAUCGAGAAGUCAAAUUCCAAAAUUAGCUGUCAACAAUUGCUUUGGGGUACCACCGGCCCUUCAACACUGGAGGAUUUCAUUCAGCCAGUUCCCAGUAGUAUCGAUUACAUAAUCGCAGCCGAUGUCACUUACGAUUCGAGGAUAUUAUCAUUAUUGUGUAGUACUAUUAAUGACUUUUUCGUACUGGGAACAAAGGCUGCGUUGAUUGCCGCUACAGUCAGAAACGAAGAAACCUUGAAAGACUGGGAAAUAGAGUUGACUAAUUGGUUUGGAGCAUCCAACUGGUGCAUAAAAGACAAGUGUGAAGAGCCCGAGAAAUUAAAUACCUCCACUUGGUUCCGCAAGGGUACAGCAGAAAUCAGAAUUUAUGAAAUUAUGAACGCCAAAUAG